AUCUGAAGAAGAACUGCUGGAAGGACAUGUGGGUUAGAUCGAGACAGCCUCCAGCUCAAAACAUCACUUCUCAGCCUUCUGCACAGUAAGCAGCUUCGAGAAGUCUUUGGAAUCACAAGGUCGGCCAUUAUCACCUGUAACCGAUAAGAUGGUGGCCAGGGGAGCGACUGGGCACAGCUACCUGGUGGCUUGCUGGCAGCCCAUUCUCAUCCUGAUGCUGGGCACCGUGCUGUCUAGCUCCACCACAGGUUGCCCAUCCCGCUGUGAGUGCAAUGUUCAAGAGCGCUCUGUGAUGUGCCACCGCAAAAAGCUCAUGACUGUUCCCGAAGGCAUUCCUGCAGAAACAAGACUGCUGGACCUCAGCAAGAACCGCAUCAGAAUGAUUAACCCAGAUGAGUUUUCUAGCGUUUCUAACCUUGAACAUCUGGAGCUCAGUGAAAAUACUAUCUCCACAAUAGAACCUGGAGCGUUCAAUAACCUCUAUGGCUUGCGGACAUUGGGAUUGCGAAGCAACAAGCUGAAGCUGAUUCAGCUGGGUGUAUUUACAGGUCUGAGCAAUCUUACCGAGCUGGACAUAAGUGAGAACAAGAUUGUCAUCUUGUUGGACUACAUGUUUCAGGAUUUAUACAACCUUCGGUCUUUAGAGGUGGGUGAUAAUGACCUGGUUUUCAUCUCCCACCGGGCUUUUCAUGGCCUUAGUAGCCUUGAGCAUUUAAGUCUUGAGAAGUGUAACCUGUCCUCUGUGCCAACAGAGGCUUUUACCCACCUCCACAGUUUGAUCACUCUCAAGCUGCGUCACCUCAAUAUCAAUGUCAUACGGGAUUACUCUUUUAAACGCCUCUUUCGGCUAAAAGUGCUGGAAAUAGCAAAUUGGCCAUACUUGGAUACAAUGACUCCCAACUGUUUGUAUGGAUUAAAUCUCACCUCUCUGACCAUUGCCAAUGCCAACCUGACGACAAUUCCUUAUGUAGCCCUACGCCAUUUGGUUUACUUGCGCUUUCUUAACCUUUCAUACAAUCCUAUCCAAACCAUUGAGGGAAAUAAGCUUCAUGAUCUUCUACGUCUGCAGGAAUUUCAUCUUGUUGGAGGCAGACUAACAAUGAUUGAGCCAUACUCCUUCCGUGGACUAAAUUACCUGAAAAUUCUAAAUGUUUCUGGAAACUCUCUUAGCACUCUGGUGGAAUCUGCUUUCCAUUCAGUUGGCAACCUAGAAACCCUUGCAUUGUACGAUAAUCCUCUGGCCUGUGACUGCCGACUCUUGUGGGUUUUUCGACGACGCUGGAGACUAAACUUCAACAAGCAGCAGCCCACCUGUGCCUCUCCCGAGUUUGUUCAAGGUAAGGAGUUCAAAGACUUUCCAGAUGUUCUGCAGCCAAACUACUUCACGUGUCGCAAGUCCAGGAUUAGGGAUCGAAGACCCCAGCACAAAUUUGUUGAUGAAGGAGCCAUCGUUCAUUUUGCUUGUCAAGCAGAUGGAGAUCCUGCUCCUGCAAUUAUGUGGCUUUCUCCACAAAAAAGAUUUAUCACCACCAAAACAAUUGGAAGGCUCUCUGUGUUGCCAGAUGGCACUCUUGAGGUGCGCUAUGCCCAGAUUCAAGAUAAUGGUACGUAUGUGUGUAUAGCCAGUAAUGCAGGUGGAAAUGACACCUCUUUUGCUCACCUUCACAUUCAUAGCUACUCACCCGACUGGCCACACCAACCUAACAAGACUUUUGCUUUCAUAUCCAACCAGCCAACAGAGACUGGUGCUAAUGGUACUAAAGCCAAUGUUCCUUUCCCAUUUGACAUAAAGACGCUGAUUAUUGCAACUACAAUGGGUUUCAUCUCUUUUCUUGGUGUUGUCCUAUUUUGCCUGGUACUGCUGUUCCUGUGGAGCAGAGGCAAAGGCAACACUAAGCACAACAUUGAGAUAGAGUACGUGCCACGGAAAUCGGAUGCUGGCAUGAGCAGCACCACAGUGGAUGCUCCUCGCAAGUUUAACAUGAAAAUGAUUUAAUAAGGCUGCAGUGCUCAUCAAUUUGGAACUCAAACUCAAGACAAACAGGAAAAGAAGACACUUUCUUUCCUCUCUUGCAAACCUGUGGAUUAUGGUGUGGUAACAUAGAGUAAUGUUUCUUUUUUCCUAACUGAUGGAUUGAUAAGAGGCCAGUUCCUGACUUUUUAAAGUGAGAGGGAAUGUAACCACACCCACUACCCAUGGUCAUUUCUACAAGCCCGUGGGGCAUGCAUUGAAAAUCAAAUUUGUUAUGUAAAGGUCAUAUUCCCAUGGAUAUCUAAUGGAAAAAAAUGUUUAAAAAGAAGAAAAAUAAAACAUUUCAAACAGCCAAAAUAUGCGGGGCCGAUCAUAUUUGGAUUAUUGUUGUUGUAUGUCUGUAUUUUCAUUUAAUGAUUUUUAGAGUUAUAUGUGCCGUUAUAUUUGUAUGGGUUGAUGAGCACAUUCAGACAUGCU